ACUCCCUUGUCAAAACCGGCUUAUUCUGAAAACGGUUACUUCUCCUUCCUGAGCUCAGACACGCAGAGGAUCCACCACAGGAUAGACGACCGCGAAGCUUCCAUGAAGAAGAAACGCACAAAUACAGGCUCACGGGCACCUUCCCGAGACGAUCUGACCUCCACCUACACCGAGCUGAACAUUCGGAAAGUCGAACGCCUCACCAAUGCACAAACAGAUGGACUGGACCCCACCUACUCUCAGCUGAACCUUCGCCAAAAUGAAGUUCUCAUCGCGAAGGAAGAAGAUCCUCCUCUUGCGUCGGGACGAGGAAGUCAGGCAGCUGCGCAUGAUCAACAGUCGAAAGUGAAGAUCGGAAAUAGACCGUACCGUCUGAUCUGCCUACUCUGCCUAGUUACAUUCGCCCUCAUCGUGAUAGUGGCCGGAUUCUCGAUACAUGUGUCACAGUUUCGUCACCAGUUCACUGAGAUGGAAACGAAGUGCAGAUCUAUUAACGAAACCAAGGCUCAAAUCUGUGAAUUUUUGACCAGCAGAAGAGUGCAAAACUGUUCCGAGAAUUGGAUCAGGAAUAAUGACAGGUGUUAUUACGUCUCCACGCUUCAAACAAAUUUCUCCAGAGCGAUACAAGAAUGUUCAAACCGUGAUUCAAGCCUGCUGGAAAUCAAUUCAAGGGAUGAAGCGAGCUUUGUAUCCAACAAUCUUGUGUACAAGAACCUUGAGUACUGGAUUGGAAAAUGCGAAGACGGGAAUGUGAGCUCCGGUCUCCUGUACAAGGGGACAACUGGAACGCCCCCUUGCAGACUGUGUGAUCCGACUGCAGUCAGACCGAUUUACCCUUGCGAUCUUGAUCAGCCUUUCAUCUGCGAGAAAUCGGUACAUUUGUGCCCGCAAAUUCCUGAAAAGAUCCAGGGUCUCUGUCAACAGCCAGUGGAGGCGACGUGAAUAAAAUGACUGUCGCCAGUCCUCCCCUUCACUCUCACUCCCCGGUCCUUCCAGAUUCCCUGCCCACCCUCUCUGCCCUUCCGUGCUCCACCAAUUCCUCCUCUUAUCGCAACCAUAUUGUCUCCACCAGACACUAACAAGCCUCUCUUGCUGUCUGUCCCCUUCUUUCCCUCCGUUCCCCGGUCCCGCUUUUCCUGCUCCCUCUACCUCCCUCUUUCACCUCUCUCCACGUCCAUCCGCUUCUUUCACUCCAUUCCCACGCCCCGCUCUUUCUGCUUCCUCUACCUAUCUUAUUAUUACCUCGUACUUCCUCCUCCCGUUUCUUCUGCUCCCUCUACCCACCUCAUUCACCUCUCUCCCCGUCCAUCCCAUUCUUUCCCUCCAUUCCUCCGUCCCGCUCUUUCUGCACCCUCUACCAAUCUUAUUAUUUCCUGCGUAAUUCCUCCGCCCGCUUUCUUCUGCUCCCACUACCCCCCUCUUUCACCUCUCUCGCCGUCCAUCCCCUUCUUUCCCUCCAUUCCCCCGUCCCGCUCUUUCUGCUCCCUCUAACUACCUUAUUAUUACCUCGUAAUUCCACCCCUCUAUUUCCACAUUCUCUCUUCGUCAACUAUCACUGUUCCAUCCUCUCGAACUCCCUCCUCACCCUUUCUGUCCCUUCCUCCUAUCCCAUUCUCCAUCAGUGCUCGCAACCCCAUUCUUCCCACGACACACCGACAAACCUCUGUCCCCAUUGAUCUCCGGAUUUGUGGCAUUUUCCAGCCCGUGACGUUCUUCUCCACCCCCUACUGCCUCGCCCUUUCUCCGCCGGCUCUUUGUCCUCUCCCGGUGCCAACUCUUUCCCACUUUUUGCUCCUUCUAUACCCUCUUUCUACCCCUCUCUCUGCCUUCCCUCUCCGUCUCUCUGUACUCUCAGUGUUCAUAAAGUACUCUUUCUCCAUUCCACUCACUCUCACGUCAAUCCUGUGCGGUCUGGUGCUCGAUAACCCAACCCUGGGUGAACGUUUGUGCCUAUUUCCUCCGUCUGUGCCUCUGUUGGGUUUAUGGAACUCUCUCAGGUUACAAAACUGAUCCAGGGAGUAAAGCCCAAUACUCUCUCCCUCUCUGCAUAACCCUCAGUUUCCUGCGAUGUACAUUUUUCCAGUUCACUGGCAUUUUUCCUGAAGCAUAAAUCCUCACCGACACUUUGUACCACUGCAGCGAGAUCUCCCGACUCCCGUGUUCAGUGUCCUGACCGGUGAAGGCCAGCGUGCCCAGUGUCCUGUCCUAUCGAACAUUUUUCACCAGAAUCGCUAUUUGAUUUUUGCCUUGAAAUGUACACGACAUGCAAUUUGUUCUUUAGCUUCAUCAGUACGGCAAAAAUAUGUAGAGCUAAUGUAAAUUACAAACAUUAAUA